AUGGUUAACGAGAAGAUCAAUAAGAUCCGGAACGAAGAGUUCAAAAUAUGGAAAAAGGCGGUCCCUUCUCUAUAUCAGCAUAUCUCGACUUUCAAACCUCCAUACACGACGCUUUUUGAAAGUGUUGAAAAAUUUCCAAAAGCUGUAGCUUUUACCCACAAGAUCGCUCCUAACAAGGAAGCCGGGACUUUAGUAGCAUCGUUAUUAUGCUCACAAGGUGGUGAUAUUUACGAAGUCGAGUUCCAAUUGCCCCUGGGUUUGUACUCGACCGAUGACGAUCUCAAGGACCCCAAAUAUGGUACUGCUUUUGCCUCGGUCGCUAGUGUUGGCAAAUUGGAACCGAAAUGGACAUACCAAGGCCAAACGGUAACCAAAAUUGAGUACGUUGGAGGCUCCCACGCGGACGCUGUGGUAAUGACUGCAAACGGAUCGUUGGCAUGGUUCAAGGAAGACUGCAAAGUGCCCGUGUUUGUAAUGGAAGAGCUGGUGGGAGUAUCCACCAGCUUUUCACAGAUUCACAACCAAGAGCGCUCUCACAACGUGAAAACCGAUUUUGCAGUCUCGGAAGAUGUCGAGACGCUGGUCAAGUCACAACCAAGCAUGGCUGCGGGUCAAACUGACGAACAUAGUCUACUCAAGGUUGUUGACAACGCCCAAAGCCCGGGUCAACUUGUUCGGUCAAUCCCCAUUUCGAACACGUCUUUCACGCAGGUGAUACGAUUCCUUGACAACCACCUAUUUUGUACUUGCUCAGAUGAUAGCACUGUCAGAUUUUACGACUUACGAGGAAAUGGGGAGCCGCUUUGGUCGAUGGCUGAUCCUCACGAUGGGAAGCUACUCUCUUUGGACGUUUCUCCAAUGAUAGAAAGUCUUUUCAUGACUGGGUCCGAGACCGGUGUCUUGAAACUGUGGGAUUUGAGAACAAUAAUCGCGUGCCUGGAGAACAAAGAAGAACCUAUUGAGAUAGCCAAGCUUUUCCACUCUGCCGCCGAUCCGGUGGUAGAUGUGAAAUUCGGAAUCUCCUCUCCUACUGAAAUUCUCUCCGUCGGUGGCUCUGGCAAUGUUUAUCACUGGGACUUAGAGCCGCUGUUCUCGCAAGAGACUGCAGAAUCUGACGAACUCAUCGAUGCAGAAGAGUUACAGCAGCAGUGUCUGAAGUUCAUUCACAGUGGAGGAGGAAGAAGGCAGACAGACUUUUACAACCAGCGCGAGACUGUUGCGUGGCACCCACUCAUCAGCGGGCUAGUUGGGUGCGUCGAUCCUGAUGGCCUUUUGACUGUGUAUAAAGGCUUUCAUGGAAAAGAGGACAAUUCGGACGCCCCUAGUGAAAUCGAGGCUGAAGUCUGA